AAAGUAGCAGAAAAUAUCUGCGAGUUUUGGCGCGUAAAUGUUUUUAUUAGAUUCCCAAGUCUGUAGUUCAAUACCAUUGUCCUCAACUAUAAAGUUUGAAUUUUAUUUAUAGAUAGAUUGUAUAUUAUAAUGGUGGCAAAAACACCAACCAAGUUUUAUGUUGUAAAAAGAGAUGGGAGAAAGGAGCGAGUUCAUGUAGAUAAAAUUACAUCAAGAAUUCAAAAGUUAUGCUACGGACUGAAUAUGGACUUUGUAGACCCCGUGUCUAUAACUCUAAAAGUCAUCAGUGGUCUUUAUCCGGGAGUGACUACUGUCGAACUUGAUAUAUUAGCUGCCGAAACAGCUGCUAUGAAAACCAUAGAUCAUCCAGAUUAUGCUACACUUGCUGCUAGAAUUUCUAUGUCAAAUUUACACAAAGAAACAAAAAAACAAUUCAGUGAAGUUAUCAACGAUCUAUAUAAUAUGGUUGAUUCUAUAACAAAUCGUCGUACACCCAUGAUAUCAGAUUACCAUUACGGUGUCAUAAUGAAGAACGCAGAACGUCUAAAUUCCUGUAUUAUUUACGAUAGAGAUUUUUCCUACAGCUAUUUCGGUUUGAAAACAUUGGAAAGAUCGUAUUUAUUAAAAAUUAAUGGUAAAAUAGUGGAACGCCCACAACAUAUGCUAAUGAGAGUUGCCGUUGGAAUUCAUGGAGAAGACAUCGAAUCCGCUAUUAACACUUAUAAUUUAUUAUCAGAAAAGUAUUUUACACACGCCAGCCCAACUUUAUUUUCAGCCGCUACUCCCAAACCUCAAUUAUCAUCAUGCUUUUUACUUAUGUUACCUGAAGACAGCGUAGAAGGUUUCACUACGCUUCUAACGCGUUGUGCGUACAUUUCUAAAUCCGCUGGAGGUAUAGGUUUCCACGUGCACAACGCUAGGGCGAAAGGAACUCCAAUUAAAGGCAUUAGUGGUGAAGCUAAAGGUCUAGUACCUUUAUUAAGAGUAUUUAAUAACACCGCAAGAUACGUGGAUCAAGGAGGUAAUAAAAGACCCGGUGCUUUUGCAGUAUACCUCGAACCAUGGCACGCUGAUAUACUAGAUUUCUUAAAUCUCAAAAAAAACACAGGUAAAGAAAAAAUACGAGCCCGAGAUUUAUUUUACGCUCUUUGGAUACCGGAUUUGUUCAUGAAAAGAGUGGAAGCUAACGAAACUUGGUCGUUGAUGUGUCCCUAUUUAUCCCCAGGUCUUUCCGAUUGCUACGGAAACGAAUUCGAACAAUUAUAUCAGAAAUAUGAAGCCGAAGGAAAAUUCGUGAAACAACUCCCCGCUCAAGAAGUAUGGAAAGCCAUCAUCGUAUCUCAAGUCGAAACCGGUACGCCUUACAUGCUAUAUAAAGACGCGUGUAACAAGAAAAGUAACCAGAAGAAUCUAGGGGUUAUCAAAAGUAGUAAUUUAUGUACGGAAAUAGUGGAAUAUACCUCCCCAGAUGAAAUAGCGGUUUGUAAUUUAGCAUCGAUAGCGGUUAAUAUGUUCGUUAACCCAGAUAGAACUACAUACGAUUUCGUUAAACUUAAAGAAAUCACUAAAGUCGUUACGAAAAAUCUCAACAAGAUAAUCGAUGUGAAUUAUUAUCCCGUGCAAGAAGCUAAAACUUCCAAUAUGCGUCAUAGACCCAUCGGGAUCGGUGUACAAGGACUAGCAGACGCUUUUAUAUUAAUGAAACUACCUUUUGAUAGCAAAGAAGCCAGUUUACUAAAUAGGAAGAUAUUCGAAACUAUUUACUACGGAGCUUUGGAAGCCAGUUGCGAAUUAGCCGAAAAAGAAGGUCCUUAUUCCACGUACGAAGGUAGUCCUGCUAGUAAAGGUAUUCUACAGUACGAUAUGUGGGACGUUACCCCUACUGAUCUAUGGAAUUGGGAAAUUUUAAAAGAAAAAAUAUCCAAACACGGUAUCAGGAAUUCGUUGCUUUUGGCGCCGAUGCCGACAGCUUCAACAGCUCAAAUUUUGGGAAAUAACGAAUCUAUAGAACCAUAUACUUCGAAUAUUUAUACAAGAAGGGUGUUAUCAGGGGAAUUUCAAGUAGUUAAUCAACAUUUAAUAAACGAUUUAACCGAAAGAGGUUUGUGGGAUGAUUCUAUGAAAAAUCAGAUUUUAGCUAACCUCGGUUCGAUACAAAAUAUACCUACGAUACCGGACGAUCUCAAAGCGAUUUAUAAAACCGUUUGGGAAAUUUCGCAGAAAGUGAUACUUAACAUGGCCGCCGAUAGGGGGGCGUUUAUAGAUCAAAGUCAGAGUUUAAAUAUACACGUCGAGAAACCUAAUUACGGAGUUUUGUCGUCAAUUCAUUUCUAUGGCUGGCGUAAAGGGCUCAAGACCGGGAUGUAUUAUUUGAGAACGAAACCGGCUGCUAAACCUAUUCAAUUUACGGUUGAUAAAACUAAAUUGAUCGUUAAGAACGGGAAGGAGGAAAGUUGCGUCGUGACUCCCGAUGGCGUGAAUGGUAUUACUAAAAAUAUUGUUUGAGAAGUUGUAGUAUUCGAAUUAGGAAUUUAUUGUGAUAGUUUUAUAAGAUUAAAUUAAGUGCCUUGUAUAUUUGAAAACUAAUAAAAAAUUUUAAUUAGUGGAGUAA